AUGUCGAGAUCUGCGACCAAUCAUAUCCUCUAUACCAAGGAAAACAGCAAGCUGCCAGAGCUCACGGUCGCCUGUAGUAGCUGUCGCAACCGCAAAUUGCGCUGCUCCCGGGAAGCACCCGCAUGCCAACACUGCCGCAAAACCGGGGGUGACUGCGUGUACGAUCCCAAACGGUCGAAGCCGGGGAUUAAAUCUGGAGCUAUUGAAAAUAUACACCGACGGCUAGAUCGUCUAGAAGACUUUGUUCUUGAUCGGCUGGGAGACGAUGCGCCAGACGAGUCCAAUCGACAAACACAGCUGGGUGGGAACGAGUCCACGGCAUGUUCUAUUUUGUCCGUGCUGGCACGGGAGCUUCAGAAAUCCAGCGACAAGCCGGUAGCCAGGGCUGAUGAUCGCCAAGGUAAACGACAGCGGGUGGACGACCACGUCGGCCCUUCUCAGUCCGCGCUGCCAGACGUCGACCUCCGUUUAGUACUUGCUUUCCUCAAACAAAACACGAUUGAAGAUGUUUUGCAGACAUACUUCAAGCAUAUCCACCCCUGGAUCCCUCUGGUACACGAGACUAGUUUGCGUCGACGGCUUCUCGAUCCAAGACACAGAUCAAAACUUGACGUCCUGCUGCGAGCCAUGAUCCUAGUAUCUACGAGAUUCAUACAGCGGCACGAGACCGUAUCGGAUAUCUCCCUGGCUGGCCUGAUCACGGAGCAGGCCAGAAGUCUGGUUGUCUCGACUUCGAUGGAUUGCCUAAGCGUUGAAAAUCUUCAGGCACUCGUAAUUUGCGUGUUUAAUGAUAUUGGAAAUGGAUGGGGGGAAAGGGCAUGGUCCCUAGUCGGAUCGCUGACUCGGACUGUCGAGUAUCUAAAAUUGACAGUCGAAGACAAGGUGGAUCCAGGCCGUACGACAAUUUCAAGACCGUUUAUAUCUCUCUCCCCUCCGGAGAGCUGGGUCGAGGAAGAGGAGCGACGCCGUGUGUUCUGGAACGUAUUCAACCUCGACCGGUUUUGCUCCGUGGCAAUGGGCUGGAACACUAGCCUCACCUCGGACGAUGUGCACCGUCGCCUUCCUUGCGAUGGAGUCUACUGGCGCAGAGACAAGCCCAAUGUUACAGCCUUUUUGGGCAUCUGGGACAAGUCAGCAGGGCGGAUGGGGAAUCCGAUUGCCUUCCCUCCGCCCCAUCAUGUUUCUCCGCAAGGUACAGUCACCGAUAACGCCUCUGCACAGAGUGCGGACCAAGCCAGUGGUGCUGCUUUAUCACCGGAAGAUCCCCUGAUGGCUACUGUUGGGGCUUUCGCCUACCGCAUUGAGGCAACCGAGUCGCUGAGCCGCGUGAUGACUUACUUCCUUCAGCAAAAGGUCGACAUGGGCUGUCCAGAGGACAUCACCAGCUGGCUCACACGGUUUAAGGAACUGGACCUGCGCCUUGUGCACUGGAAGAUGCUCCUACCAAAGAAGUGGAAGGCCGCCAACCCUACCAACACCGCCAACACCGCCAACACCGCUGUCCUUCCUCAAGAGACAGCUAAUCGGGACGGUUCGCUUAGUCGCGGCGGAGGAGCAAUGGGACUUGAGGUCGAUCCCAAAGACCAGACAGUAGUGAUGGACCCAAAUCUCACACUGGCACACAUCACCCACAAUGCUUCCAUGAUACUCUUACAUCAACCUAUCGCGUUUCCACCCCAUAACUGGAGUUUCCGCUGCCGCCUGCCUAGCAGUUGCUCUGCGGAGACUUGCCAACAGGCGGCCGUUGAAAUCGCCACUAUCACUGAACAAUAUCUUAAAGUGUCUCCACCAACCUUCCCCGUCUAUCCCCAGUUUUCAUUCUGCGUCUAUGUGGCAGCUCGACUCCUACUAGCCUACGGGACCUACUACAGUGGAGAGAGCGCCGCUCUGCACUUCAGAUCGGUCGUCGAUGACAGAUUCCCGGUGCUAGUUCGCAGUCUAGAUGAGAUGUCGCGUCGAUGGAACGGCAAUGGUAUGACGAUGCCAGUGACCAUGGCAUUGGGCGAGGAUCUGGCCGCAAAGUAUGCAACAAAGCUGAGGGAGAUGAACAAUGUGUGCAUGCAGGAUUUGGGCUACAGAAUAAAUGUCUUGGAUUAUACGCAAGAUAUCGACCAUUCCAGCAGGAGGACCGACCCCACUGUAGGGCAUCCAAUUCCUGUAUCAAUUCUAAAUGGACCGACCCGACAGCCUAUUCAACAUAUGGAGGCACAGGCAAAGCACAAACCCCGUUGUGGUGGAAGGACCGUGGAGAACCAGCGGAACGGGGACUUCGUCAAUGCUGCACCGGCCAUGACAAUGUCCUGGCCUUCACCCACAUUAGAGCUCCCAAGAAACCCUAACGACCAGUAUCAGACAAUGUACGGGCAAGCAACAUAUCCUCUAGGGACAGAUCCAGCGCCCUGCGACCUGGGUGCUAUUUCGCAAGUAUUGCUGGGCAAUCAAUUCAUGGAUUUGGACCGGAUCAUCAGUUUCGACAACGGAAUGUUCAGCGCUAAUCCAGACCAAUCUUGGUGA